CACAAACCCACGCUCGUCUUCAUUGUCUUCUUCUUCUUCUUCAUCUUGCAACUUGAAGAAAAUUCGUUCACAACCUCGACUUGAACUCAAGUAAGAACUUUUGUGCACUUCGAAAUUUCAGUUAGGAUUUAGGUUUUAAUCGAUGUUACUUGUUUUGAGAAUCGAUUUCUAUUUAUGUUAAUUUUUCGUGUAUUCUGUGCUUUUUUGACAAUUACUUAUGGUGAUACUACAAUUUUGUUUAGUGUUGUCUAUUUAUGUUAGUGUUGUGUGUUAUUAUGUUGAUUUUGAGUACGAUUUUUUUAUUGUUGUCUCAAGUUUGUUCUAGUCUGCCUUUACUCGUCGUUUCUCCCUUUAUUUCAUAAUACUUUUCAAUUUGUGUUAGUCAGAUAUGCCUUUACUAUUGUUAGGUAUGAAAUAUUUUAUUAUUAAGUGGUCCAUUUUUUUAGAUUUUAGGUAUUAUAUUAUAUAUUUUUGCGUAUGCGAAGUUUUACUUUGAAGCAUGUGGUCCCUAUUCUUUUACUCUUGGUAGAUUCCUCUGUUUUUUUAAAUAUUUGUUGUUGUCUAAUAUGGCCCUUUUCUCUUCUUUUUUUUGUCUAUAAUGUCCUUUUCUUGAAGAAUGGUUGACAAGGUGGACCUAUUAUUCUAUUAUGGGGGCAAGUGGGUACUGACACCUAAUGUUAUUUACAUUAAAAAAUUCACUCGUGUUUGGAAGGAGUAUGAUCCAGAUUUAUUGUCAUAUAUAGACAUAUGUGAAGAGUUCCAUGAAAAGUUAGGUUUUAGUAAGGUCCAACAACUUCUACUCAAAGGACCUUCUGGGAGGUAUUAUUUGAUUGAGGGGGAUUCUGGCAUAAGAACAAUACAGACAGCACUGUCUAUUAAGUCUGGUGUACUUGAAUUAUUUGCUGUAGAUGAGGGGGAUGAUGUUGUUCCAGCUAUUGACAUCAGCCACAAUGAUGAACCAUACCUAGUCAAAGAAGAUGAUGAAAAUGAACCUAAUCUAGUCACGGUGAAUGAACCUAAUCUAGUCACAGUGAAUGCUGGAAUAGAUGUUGCAACUGAAGGUGAAUCAAGUGAGGAAGAAAAUGAUGAAAAUGAGCCUUAUCCAAGUGACUACAAUAGUGAAGAAUUGGAAUCCUUUAGGUUGGAAAAGAAAAGAGAAAUUAAUGAUCAACUUGACAACUUUAAAGAGUUGGAAAAAUGUAUGAGUUUUAAGAACCUUGAUGAAGCUAAAAGGGUUGUAAGUUACUACUCAAUUGCUAGGAAGGUUGCCCUUAGAGUUGACAAGAGUGACUAUGUUAGAGUUAGAUAUAAAUGUAUUGUUGGUUGUCCUUUUGUGUGUCUUAUUUAUGAAGUUAAGAAAGGGCAAAGAUUUGAAAUUAAGACUUUGCAAACAAAACAUACAUGUCCAGAAGCAUUCAAGAAUAGAAGAGCUACUCAACAAGCUCUAGCACACUACUUUAAGAAUAGGGUCCAAAAUGAUCUUAACUGCAAAGUGACUGAAAUGAGAAAGAUUGUAGAUGAUAACUUUAACCUUAAUAUUAGUUAUUCAAAAAUGAAGAGGGUUAAAUGACUUGUAUUGGAAAAACUAGAUGGUAGCUAUGUUGAUGAUUUCAAUAAAUUGGAGUGUUAUGCUCAAGAGUUAAGGGACAGUAAUCCUGGUACUGAUGUAAUUAUAAACAUAUCCAAAGAGGCUUUGUUGGAACAUGGACAAAGAAAAUUUUUGAGAAUGUAUAUUUGUAUUCAGGCUUUGAAAAGUGGUUGGAGAGCUGGUUUGAGACCAUUUAUAGGGUUAGAUGGCACCUUUUUAAGAGGCAAGUUCAAGGGAAUUUUAUUGGUCGCACUUGGUCAAGAUUCAAUGAAGCAUUUCUAUCCACUUGCUUGGGCAGUAGUGGAUAGAGAAACUAUUAGAACAUGGAAAUGGUUCAUUGAGUUGCUGAGGAACUCAUUGGGGGUGGCAGAUGGUGAAGGAUUGACACUAAUGUCUGAUAUGCAACAGGGCUUGAUUAGUGUUGUUAGUGCUUUGCUUCCAAAAGCACAACAUAGAUGGUGUGCAAAACACAUAGAAACCAAUUGGUCUAAGUCUUGGAGUGGUGUAUAGAUGAAAAAGAUGUUUUAGUGGUCUGCUUGGAGUACAUAUGGAGAGGAAUUUGAAGACCAAUUAAAGUCCAUGGGUUCUGUGUCGAAAAAAGCAGUCGAAAGUCUUUUAUAUUAUCCACCACAACAUUGGUGCAGGGCCUUUUUUAACACUGUCUGCAAAAACUACUCCUGUGAAAAUAAUUUUACUAAGUCUUUCAACAAAUGAAAUUUUGGAAGCAAGGGCAAAACCAAUAAUCAAGAUGCUGGAAGACAUUAGAAUUAAGGUUAUGAAAAGGUUGAAAAAACUUGAAGAAGAGGGUAAGAAGUGGACGGAAGAGUAUAGUCCAUAUUCUGUGGAUCUGUAUCAUGAUUUCAGAAUGAUUGCUCAAGGUUGUCAAGUUGUUGCUAAUGGAGACUUAGGAUAUGAGGUGGUUGAGGGUGUAGAUACCACAUGUUGUGAAUCUUGCUAGAAAGAAGUGUACUUGUAGGACAUGCGAUUUGACAGGAAUACCAUGUCCUCAUGCUAUUAAAGCAUUAGAACAUGAUAAAAUAGAGCCACUGAAUGAGAUGCAUUGGUGGUAUACUAAAGAAGCUUACUUGCUUGUAUACCAGCCUAAAAUUCAACCUGUUAGAGGUGAGAAAUUCUGGAAAAUUGAUCUUUCUCAAGCUAUGCAACCACCACAAAUUCAUAAAUUGGUUGGUAGACCAAAAUUAAAGAGAGUAGGG